UUCCCCUCGCAUCCAUUGCUGCAAUCUCCAUCUGCAACAAAUCAGCGAGCAGCCAAGCACCACCACGCGCUGCUAGCUACUACUCAGCUAGUACCUACACUGCCAAGCAGCCUCUUCACUGAUCACGUAGCACUCAAGAAUCGUACACGUACACGCGCAUGGCCAAUUCCUCGUGCUCCUCUUCUCUGGGGCUGCUGCUCGCCACGCACUGCGCCCUCUUGCUGGCUUUGGUGGGAGCUGCUCAUGGCCACCCUCCUCUCGCCGGCUCGGCGCUGAGCUCCUUGUUCUACGACGAGUCGUGCCCCAGCGCCUACGACAUCGUCCGGCGCGUCAUCCAGGACGCGCGGGUAUCCGACCCCCGCAUCCCGGCCAGCCUCAUCCGCCUCCACUUCCACGACUGCUUCGUCAACGGCUGCGACGGCUCGCUUCUGCUGGACGACGACCUCCCGGCGAUUCAGAGCGAGAAGAACGUGCCCGCCAAUGACAACUCGGCGCGCGGCUUCCCGGUGGUUGACGACAUCAAAAGUGCGCUGGAGGACGCGUGCCCCGGCAUCGUCUCCUGCGCGGACAUCCUCGCCCUCGCAGCCGAGAUCUCCGUUGAACUCGCCGGAGGUCCCCGCUGGAGGGUGCUGCUCGGCCGGCGAGACGGCACGACGACCAACAUCGAGAGCGCCAACAACCUCCCGAGCUUCUCCGACCCCCUGGACAAGCUCCAGGAGAAAUUUAGAAACUUCAACCUCGACGACACUGACCUCGUCGCCCUACAGGGAGCGCACACGUUCGGUAAAGUGCAGUGUCAAUUCACGCGAGAGAACUGCUCGGCUGGGCAGCCUGAGGGUGCACUAGAGAACCUGGACCAGGUCACACCCAACGUGUUUGACAACAAGUAUUACGGCAACCUCUUGCACGGCCGCGCCCAGCUCCCGUCCGACCAGGUCAUGCUGUCUGACCCCUCUGCGCCUACGACGACUGCUCCCAUUAUUCAGCGCUUCGCAAGCAACCAACAGGAUUUCUUCAAGAAUUUCGCGAUGUCCAUGAUUAAGAUGGGGAACAUCAGUCCGCUGACAGGGAGGGAUGGAGAGAUCAGGAAGAACUGCCGAAGGGUCAAUAGCAAUGGCUAUUGAAGACUCCCAUUCAAUUUGAUUUUGAUCUUCAAUAUGAUUUGAUUGAUUCCUUUUUAACCAAUUGUGGUGUUGUGUAAAUCAUUCUUUUCAUUUCAUUUUUGAUUAUUUGUAACUGUAAGAUGUUCCCUUUUCGAUCCCUUAUCCGGAAGCAAAUGUGUAAAUGUUUUGAGACCACUGCCUCAA